AUGACCCGGGCGCCAUGGCCGACCCCUCGCUCCGUCCGGCAGGCCACGGAGCUCCACGCCCUCCUCACCGCGUCCGGCCGCCUCCUCCACCAGCCCUCCGCCGCGCACCUCCUCAACUCCCUCGCCAGCUGCAUUUCCCCCGGCGACCCGCUCCACCUCCGCUACGCGCUCAGCCUGUUCGACCGAAUGCCCUGCUCCACCUUCCUCUUCGACACCGCGCUCCGCGCCUGCUUCCGCGCCUCCUCGGGACCUGAGCACCCGUUCCUCCUCUACCAGCGUAUGCGCCGCGGGGGCGUGCCCCCCGACGCCUUCACGUUCCACUUCCUCUUCAAGUGCUGCUCCCGCGGCCGCGCGCAGGUCCUCCUGUGCCGGAUGCUGCACGCCGCGUGCUUCCGUACCAUGCUUCCCUCCGCAGUGCCGCUCAUUGCGAGCCCUCUCAUCCAUAUGUACGCUGGGCUUGAGCUCCCCGGCGAUGCCCGCCGGGCUUUCGACGAGGCUUCUGUGAAGGACGCGGUUGCUUGGACGACGGUCAUCAGUGGGCUGGCCAAGACGGGGCUGCUUGAUGAUGCGCGGCGCCUUCUGGCGCGGGCUCCAACGAGGAACGUGGUCGCUUGGACUGGUUUGAUUUCGGGGUACUCGCGUGCUGGUCGGGCUGCUGAGGCUGUGGAUUGCUUCAACCGCAUGCUUUCUGAUGGCAUUGCACCGGAUGAGGUUACCGUGAUUGGCGUGCUCUCGGCAUGUGCUCAGCUGAAGGAUUUGGAUUUUGGACGCUCACUGCACAUGCUGGUUGGGGACAAGAGGAUGUUGAUGAGUAACAAACUUGUAGUUGCGCUCAUCGACAUGUAUGCCAAGUGUGGUGACAUUGCCUGUGCAAGGGAGGUUUUUGAUGCUUUAGGUAGGGGCCGAGGACCCCAGCCAUGGAAUGCUAUGAUUGAUGGAUACUGCAAGGUAGGCCAUGUUGACAUUGCACGCUCUCUGUUUGAUCAGAUGGCGGACCAUGACAUCAUCACAUUUAACUCGUUGAUCACUGGGUACAUCCAUGGUGGCCGGCUUAGAGAAGCGCUACUUCUUUUCACAAAGAUGAGGAGACAUGGUUUGCGUGCUGAUAAUUUUACCAUGGUGGGCCUUCUAACUGCUUCAGCAAGUUUAGGUGCAUUGCCACAGGGCAGGGCCUUGCACGCUUGCAUUGAGCAGAGGCUGGUGGAAAGAGAUGUUUACCUUGGUACUGCACUCUUGGACAUGUACAUGAAGUGUGGGAGGGUGGAAGAGGCGACUGUUGUUUUCAAACAGAUGAGUGUGAGAGAUGUUCACACUUGGAGCGCCAUGAUUGGAGGUCUCGCAUUCAAUGGGAUGGGUAUGGCUGCUCUGGAGCACUUCUUCUGGAUGAAGUGUGAUGGCUUUCAUGCCAAUUCAGUUACAUACAUUGCUGUUUUGACUGCAUGUAGUCAUUCAUGCCUACUGGAUGAAGGCCGUCUGUAUUUCGACGAGAUGAGAUUGGUGCACAAUGUACGCCCCCAAAUUGAGCAUUAUGGCUGCAUGAUAGAUUUGCUGGGCCGCAGUGGACUUCUGGAUGAAGCUAUGGAUCUUGUGCGGACCAUGCCAAUGCAGCCAAAUGCUGUGAUAUGGGGCUCCAUCUUGAGUGCUUGUAGAGUCUACAAGAACGUCGAUCUAGCUCAAAAUGCUGCAGAUCAUCUUCUGAAGCUAGAGCCAGCUGAGGAUGCUGUCUAUGUCCAGAUGUAUAACAUUUACAUUGAUUCUAGACAAUGGGAAGAUGCAUCAAAAAUAAGGAGAUUGAUGGAAGAAAGGGGUGUGAAGAAGACUGCCGGUUACAGCUCGAUUGCCGUGGCUGGGGAGGUGCAUAAGUUUGUAGUUGGUGACCGAUCACAUCCACGCAGAAUGGAGAUUAUUGUAAUGUUGGAGGAGAUUAGACGCAGUUUAAAGUCAGUAGGAUAUUCACCUAUCACGUCGCAGAUAACAGUGGAUGUCGAUGAGGAAGAGAAAGAACAGGCACUUUUAGCACACAGUGAGAAAUUGGCCAUUGCAUUUGGCCUCAUUAGUCUAGCACCAAACCUACCGGUUCAUAUCAUAAAGAAUCUCCGGGUCUGUGAGGACUGCCACUCUGCAAUCAAGUUGAUCUCAAGGCUUUGGAACCGGGAAAUCAUUGUUAGAGACCGGAGUCGGUUCCAUCACUUCAGGGGUGGAGCAUGUUCUUGCAAUGAUUUUUGGUGA